AUGGCGCCGCAAAUAAAAGGAAUAUCUUUAAAAGGCACGCUUGAUUUAAUUCCCCGUUUCAAGGGUUCGAACAUAUCAGUAACGCAGUUUGUUGACGGUUGCACAGAAGUGCGAGAUAUUCUCCCCGAAGGAAACGAAGAAGACUAUACUUCAAAUAAUAUUGAAAACUUCAAAGAACAAUCUCCAUCUGAAGAAUCUAGUUUAUCAAUAGCGACCGCGGAACCUUCAACAACGUCCGAUGAAUUCGAUAAUAUUAACCAAAUAAGAUUUUGUGAUAAUGUGUUUGUGACACCUACGAGAUCACUUCAGUGCGGUGAAAGUGAAGUAAGCGACGACCCGGCGAAAUGGACUAUCGAUGAAAAAACGAUCAAUGUUUUGUUGAAUCGAGGAUUUCAACAGAAUAUGAAUGCUGAUUUUUCAUUGUCGAAGCGUGAGAUACACAGUCAAAAUUGGUCUAUGAACAAAAACGUUUUCUAUCGAACUCUUUCUAAUGGUAGUACACAACUUCGAUCAUGGCUGAUUUAUUCAAAAAGUGCUAUGGCGAUAUUUUGCGGGCCCUGCAAGCUAUUCGGCGAAUCACAAGUUCUUACAGCUGGCUACUCUGACUGGAGAAAUGUCUAUCAUGUUGUUAAAGAUCACGAAAAAAGUAAGACACAUAAGUCAAACGUCACUGCUGUUUUAGAAAGGAGUCAGUCCGAAAAAAAUAUUUAUGCACAGUUAGGAAAACAGAUAAAUGAUGAGAUACGAGGAGAUGAUGAACGCUUUGGUUCUUUACACAACGGUAAUUAUAUGAUGGUUUUAGAGCUUAUUUCUGAAUUCGAUCCCUUUUUAGCAGAGCACAUUCAAUUAUAUGGUACCGGGGCUGAUGAAACCGGCUAUCCAAGAGAACGGUUCAUUAAAUUAAUACCAAACUGUGGUCAUAAAGCAGAAGAACUAGCAGAAGUAGUAUUAUCAACUUUAGAAGAACUUAAAUUAGAUAUUAAAAAUUGUAGAGGGCAAUCGUAUGACAAUGCGAGCAAUAUGUCUGAUGCCUACUCAGGACUUCAAGCUCGUAUUAAAGAAGUUAAUCUUCGUGCAGAUUACGUUCCCUGUUCAGCGUACCCACUCAAUCUUGUCGGUGGAAAAUCUUAA